AUGCCGAAGAUGAAGGCGCUGCAGUGCGCCCUGGCGCUGGAGAUCCGCUCCUCAUUGUCUCCCCUUGCCCAGAUAUCUUGUCCACGUCUGCAGCUGAAAGACAAGGAAGACGUCUAUCUCAGCGUUUGUGUGUUUGGCCAGUACAAAAAGACACAAUGUGUCCCUCCUAUCUUUCCACUGGUCUUCAAUGCCAGAAUGGUGUUUGAAAAGGUGUUCCCUGAAGCCAUAGACCCGGGAGACGUAGUGGCACAACUCGAAUGUGACACAGCAGUGUUUGAGUUGAUACAGCUUGUUCUGCCAGUGGGUGAAACGCUCUCUACAUAUGAGGAAAACACGAGAGACUUCAUGUUCCCUGGUCCGAAGCAAAUGCCUGGACACCAUGAUUCAAACCGCCAGGUGAUGAUGCAAAGAAUUUCUGGCAUCAAGGGACUUGCUCCAAAGCUGGAAUUUUCUACCACCUCUGUGAUCACAGAAUGCCUGAUCAGCCCAAGGAAGUGUCGGGGCCUCCAGGUUCAAGACAAACUGUCAUACCAUGCCACCCCUCUUGAAAGGAGCCAUGGUCGGAUGCAAAUCAGAGGGCCAACAAGAUCGUCCAAGAAGAAGUCCAGGUCCCCCGAGAGACACAAGCACUGCACCAACCCACGAAACUAUGAGCAGCCCACCAUCUCAUCCAAGUCCCAUUCCCCAUCCCCAUACACCAAAAGGCGGAUGUGCGAGCUGUCAGAGGACACCAGACGGCGGCUGGCUCAUCUCAACCUGGGACCCUAUGAGUUCAAAAAGGACACUGACAAACCUCCGUUUGUCAUCAGACAUGCUGACCCCCUAAGCCCCAAGCCUGAAAUUCGUCUUGGACCUAAUGUCAGAGAACCUUCAAGAGAAGGCUGGUGCAAGUUGCACAACGAUCAUGCUCAUCUUGGCAGCUACCGAACCAAGGAAUAUAAGAUUACUAAGCCAUGUCAUAUAAGAGACCGUGAAGAUUCUCUUGAAAGGUGUGAAGAAUACCUUGCCCCAAGGCAAUCUAGGCCACCCCACCCAGACCGGGCUCUCUUGGUCCACUCAGCACCAUCCUCAAUGCAGAAACGCUCUCCCAGCCCUGUGCUCAAUCAGUCGACUCUCAGGGAAAGAUAUCAUUCAGAUUGGUGCUCACCUUCAAACUCAGAUGAAAUACAUGAGCGGGAUGAGAGAGACCAGGAAAAAGAUGAGGAGCUGGACCUGAAGAGAAGUUUUUCAUAUAAAGACUCCGUCUGUGAUAGCGAUCCCGAAUACAGUUCCGUAUAUAGGCCACAUCCCUUGGUCCACUUGGAUAAUGGCGAGUACUGGUCCAACCGAGCAGCAGCAUAUAAAGGAAAGUCCCAUCGAGGCAACUUUGAGAACAGCAUGGACAAGAUCUAUAGGAACUUGUACAGGAAAGCCUGUGGCUCCAGCACCCAAGAAAGCUUCUAA